UUUGUGUCAAGGUAUCUGUAGAGGUAUUCGUUAAACGGUUUUCAGUUGGUGUUCGUGUUCUGGGGUAGUACAGAGAUAGAGGCAAUGGCAUUUACGUCUCUAAUAUUUAUUUUAUGUGUCCUGAAGACGAGUUACAUCGCUGCUGCGUCAACAAACGUUGGAAGAGAAUACAUCAUUGUUUUCAUGGAGCAUAUUGUUAAUUCUAGCCAACUCACCGUUUAUAUCACAACACGUCAUCAGACAGCAGUGGAAGUCCAACUAUCAGCACCUCUGGCUCCAUCUUCUCAAUAUCCACUGAACAUAACGGUAACUAACAGUGUUGUGUCUCGUGUCACGCUGAACAAAGACCUCGCUCUAAAGUUUACUGGACGAUUUGACAAUGGAGUUUUGAUUUCUAGCGAUGGCGAUAUCACUGUCCAGUGCUUUAGUUCCAGUAUAUCUGCAAAGUACCCAUAUAGUAUUGGUGGAUAUCUCGCUUUACCGACAAAUGUUCUGGGAACGGAGUACAUGAUAGCUACGUUCCGCGAACGAAACAGCUGCCUGUUCGCAGUUGUUGGUAUAGCAGAUGAUACUCUCGUGGUCAUAUCUUUCAAACUACCACCGAUGAAACAGGUGAUGUUCGAAGACAAGACGUACAGAAAUGGAGACACCGUCAACAUCACCAUCAACAGAUAUGAAGCUGUACAUAUGUCGUCACUGGGUUCCCUGACCGGCACCUUUAUAAGAGCCACUGCAAAGGUUGCUGUGUUUGUCGGUGCAGACUACACAUCCGCUAAUGGACUCUCCAUGGAUCACAUGGUGGAACAACUCCCUCCAUUAGACUCGUGGGGAAUGGAUUACAUGCUGAUUCCUUUUCCAGAUCGAUCGUCAUUUGACUUGGUCGUGGUUGUGGCCCAGUUUGAGCGAACAACUGUUGUGUAUGACAACGCUAAGUACGUCAUAGAUGGAGCUGGAGAGAACAUCACAUUAAAGCUUAUGUCUGACACACCAACAAGACUCUGGUCAGACAAAAGAAUUGAAGUGAUGCAGGUUUCCACUAGUUUCAAUACUUACGCAGUCUACACCGACCCAGCAAUGCUUCUUAUUCCUCCAGUGGAACAGUGGGUUUCGACAUAUCUCUUUGCGUCUCCGAAUAUAGAACGCCGAGCUAAGCCUGUUGUACUAGCUCUUGCUGCAGAUAGCAACUGUACUCGUCUGUUUAAAUUGAUGGCAGGAGCAACGCAGGUUUCUCUGACGUGGACUAAAAUAGCUGGAACCAAAAGCAGCGUGUCAUAUACAACCCUUGCUCGAGAAGGCCCUUAUACAGUGGACAGUCUGAACGAUCCAAGCACGUGCUCAGCAUUCGGUGGCUACCUCUACGGACCAGGAUUUCACUCGGCCUGGGCAAUGCCAAUCGGACAGUCUGUAAAAUCAUUACCAGAUAAAAGGGACGAGGUGGUAUCAAGUUCUGCAGAAUUGGGCGAAUCGUCUUCCUUACAAAUCAUGUCUUCUUCUCCUCAAAUAGAAGCCAGUACCCGGUUCGAAUCGCCGUCACUUGAAUCAUCAUCAGAUGAAUCAUCAUCACCGGUUAUAAGACCAUCGUCAACGUACUUGUCUUUGACGACCACUUACGAAGAGUCGAGUGUAAAUGCAGAAAUUUCUGAACAUAGUAUCUGCAGCAGCAAUGACGCAUUAGAGGUGUCUCUCACGACAUCAACGAGUAUGGAAAAGAGUUCGUCAUUGCAGCCUUCGACCACCAGUAUCAGCUCUACUCGUCCGCCAUUGUGCACGUGCUCGUGCAAGGUCACAAGAACAGUGACUGACGUCAGCUCGAAGAUUGUCGAAAUGCAGAAGAAUCUGACAGUAGAGAAGAAGAAUCUGUCGUCCACAAGACGAAAACAGCAGAGUGCAGUUGACCCCAGGUCAUCGUCGCUUACCAUCGGUCUGUUUGGGAUAGCAUUUGUAUCUCUGACUCUCAUGUUGGUUACCGUGCCGGACAUCAUCCAAGGGAUCAGUUACCUAUUAUCUGCUUUUCACGCAGAACAUUCUUUUGAACGGUCCAAAAAGUAAAAUAUCUGGCCUGGUGCUUGUAUAACACGUUUAGAGUCUAGACUCGAGCCUCUAAUAAAGUCUGAGACACUAAUGUCGUGACAACGCCAUACAAACUGCAUACGUGUGACGUCAUUGGAGAUUGAGUCUGGACUCUAAAGGUGUUAUAAGCACGGGCCCUGGUCUUGACUUUUGAUUAUUUGAGAACGUGAAGAGCAAUGCAGAUGAUGGAUUACGAUAUUACUAGUUAUGAUAUUAACCAUACAUUUGUAUGUUCCUAAGUUAACAAAAUAUUUAAUGUUUAUAGGUCCAUGUAUACAAUAUAAUACUAUAAUAUAAUAUAUUAUGUUGCAGUAGUGUUUAGAACUAUAUGAAAUAUACACUUCUGUAAAACUGACACUAGAUUAUCAUAAAAUAAUUAUUAUGAGAAUCAAACACAGCAUGUACAUUUUACAGUAACGUAACUAUGAAACAUGAAAAGAUAAUUUGUGACUGGUUAUUUAUUUCAGUUGUCAAUUAUUACAUCAAAGACAGCGUAAUUACAAACAAGAUAUUAUUUCGAUAUAUUUGAAUUUCAAACGUGCGCUUUUCUACAAGAUUUACAUUAUUCUAGGUAUUUUUUAGAAAAUGACAAAAAUGUAUG